UGGUUACAUUGUGAAUUCAUGAAUCGCUUUCCGAACUGUUGAACUGAAAAUAUUCAUUUCAUUUCAGUUCAUCCAUGGAGUGCCUAUCAUCUCCUCUUUCACCCACUUUUGCUCUUAAAAUCUAUCCUUCUGAGGUUUCUCCAAGACUCACUCUUCCCCCUUCAUCAUUUUCAUGCUUGGCUACUGCCGCUUCUCCACAACAAAGAAGUGCACGCUCUUCAAAACCCCCCAAAAACCUCCCUUUAACAACAUCCACAACUAGAAAAACAGCAAAAACAAAUACUACCACAGGCACAGACACCUCUGUCCCUAAGAAAAAGGUUUUGGUUCCAAUUGGGCUUGGUACUGAAGUUAUGGAAGCCGUGAUUACAGUUAAUGUAUUGCGCAGAGCUGGUGCAGAAGUGACUGUGGCCUCAGUGGAGCCGCACUUGGAGAUUGAAGCUUCUGGUGGCAUCCGACUGGUGGCUGAUACCUCUAUCUCCUCUUGUGGUGGCCAAGUUUUUGAUCUUAUUGCAUUGCCAGUUAGUUCUUUCCCGAGAGAAUUACAUUUUGCUCUAUUGUUUCUGAAAUACUUGGGUGGAAUGCCCGGUGCAGUAAGAUUAAGAGAAAGUGAAAUUCUCAAGAAAAUCAUGAGUAAACAAGCUGAGGAGAAGAGACUUUAUGGAGCUAUAUCUUCUGCCCCAGCAGUCACUCUUCUGCCAUGGGGCCUUGGGAGGAAAAAGCAGAUAACUUGCCACCCAGCAUUCUCAGACAAGCUUCCUACUUUCUGGGCUGUUAAGUCAAAUAUCCAAGUUUCAGGAGAGCUUACAACCAGUCGUGGACCUGGGACUUCAUUCGAGUUUGCUUUGUGCUUAGUGGAACAGCUGUUUGGGGAGUCUGUUGCCAAGAAGGUUGCAGAAUCAAUGCUGAUGCAUACUGCUCGUGAAUAUCUUAUAAAGGAAGAAUUCAAUAAAGUUGAAUGGUCUUUUGAUCAUACGCCUCGAGUUCUUAUUCCAAUUGCAAAUGGUUCUGAAGAGAUUGAAGUAGUGACGAUUGUGGAUGUUUUGCGCCGAGCAAAGGUGGAUGUCACGGUUGCAUCUGUUGAAAAAUCUGUGCAAAUUGUGGGAUCUCUAGGCACAAAAAUCAUUGCUGAAAAGUUAAUCAGUGAGGCUGCUCAGUCAAUAAAUGAUUUAAUCAUUCUUCCGGGAGGAGUCACUGGGGCUGAGAGGCUACAGAAAUCUAGGAUUUUGAAGAAGCUGCUAAAAGAACAAGAAGCAGCUGGAAGAAUAUACGGAGCAGUUUGUUCCUCACCAUUAGUCCUUCAUAAACACGGUUUACUGAUGGAGAAGCGAGUGACAGCUCAUCCCUCUGUCAUAAGCAAGCUUACCAAUGAAGUGGUAAAUGGCACCAAAGUAGUAGUUGACGCAAAAGUGAUCACAAAUGGGGGGCUUGCUACGGUGACAGAUUUUGCCUUAGCAAUUGUCAGCAAGCUUUUUGGUCAUACGAGGGCAAGAUGUGUUGCGGAAGGCCUUGUAUUUGAGUACCCCAGAAGUUAGGGAGAUUUACAGUUGAAUCUAGAGGAGAAAAUGCAAUUUUUUAAGAUGCUUUUGAUUAAGACUAAAUUUCCUUGACUCGAACCAGCUUGUGGAAGGACAAAAUCUUCUCACCUGGCCGUUGAGUUGCAUUCGAAAGAAUUGUGGCUGCCUCUAUAGGUCAUAUUAUUUGGCUGUAAGGCCAGAGCAAUUUCUAAAAGCCAAACAAUGAUAUCAACUAUAUUAAACAGAAAGCUAAGUGUGAUAUUGGAGGUAACAUCAAGCUGGAGAUAUUUCUGUUGUACUGUUGAUGACUUACUCAUUUUUCAUUAUGAGGAAUCUGGAAUCACAUUUUAAAUAUUAACAAAGAUAUUGUUUUUCACCA